CUGAGCACAAGCUUUAUAAAUUCUCCUGUAGUGAGGAUUUUAUGUGAGAUUUGUUAUUAUUAUUAUAUAUAUAUUUUUUUGUCUGAUUCCAUGCUUUUUUGACCAAAGUUUGGACUGUAAAUUGGAGCACGGCAGAGCUGGAUUUGUAGUUUUGUUCACACUUCAUAUUCAUCUUUUUUUCAGAAGAUGUACCAGAGUUUAAAAUGAGAAAUGUGGUGCUGCAGUGCAGUUAUGAAAGCUCUGUUUUUCCUCACAUUUCCUCUUCAUUUUUCAUCAGCAGUCACCCACUCUCUGCAGUACCUCUACACUGCAGUUACACCAGGAAUAAAUUUCCCAGAAUUCAUGGUUGUGGGUCUGAUUGAUGGACAGGAGUUUGAGUACUACGACAGUGACAUCAGAGAAUUGAUCCCAAAGACAAAGUGGAUGCUUAAGGUCAUUGAGGAUAAUCCAGAGACCUGGAACAGUCACACUCAGUUUCAGUUUUGGCAGAAGAGCUUUAAAAAUGGUCUAAAUAUGUUGCUGAAUUUCUUUAAUCACUCUACAGGAGUUCACACACUACAGUGGAUUUUUGGCUGUGAGCUUGAUGAUGAUGGCACCAAUAGAGGACACGCACAGUUAGGAUUUGAUGGAGAGAAUUUCCUCAAUUUUGAUUUGAAAAAUACAACCUGGAUUCCAGAUAAACUUGGAGCUGAGAUCAGCCAGCAAAUAUGGGAUUAUAUAGAUAGUUUCGCUACUGAGGGCCGGAAGAUCUAUCUGAGCACCAUUUGUAUUAAAAGAAUGAAGUUAUAUGUGUCUUAUGGCAGAGAGACUCUGGAGAAAAAAGUUUGUCCUGAAGUGUCAGUGUUCCAGAAGCACUCAUCUUCUCCAGAGGUGGUGUGUCACGUUACAGGUUUCUUCCCCAAAGCAGUGAUGAUCACCUGGCAGAAGGACGGAGAGGACGUGCAUGAGGAUGUGGAGCUCAGAGAGACGUUACCCAACCAGGAUGGAAGCUUCCAGAAGAGAAGCAUUCUGAAAGUCCCAGCUGAGGAGCUGCAGAAACACAACUACACCUGCAUGGUUCAGCACAGCAGCUUGGAGAAGGAGUUAGUGCUGCAUGUGAGCCGAAUCAUGAGAGUGUGUUGUGUUUUAAUAGAUGGAGGAUCAGGUGGAGCACCAAUUGCUAUCAUCACUGCUGUAGUCGCGGCUCUCAUUGCUCUUGUUGCCGUUGUUGCUGGAAUUGUGGUCUGGAAGAGGAAGAACUCUGGCUUCAGAUCUGUUCCACCCAAAUCCUCCUCUGAAGGGGAUUCUUCAACCAACAACUCUUAAAGCAUAACCCUGUCACCGAUUCACCCUAUUGCCCUUCCUUGGACCACUUUUGGUGGGUACUACCCACUGCAGACUGAAAAGACCCCACAAGACCUGCUCUUUCGGAGAUGCUCUGACUCAGUCAUCUAGCCAUCAAAGUCUGGUACUUGUUAAAGUUGCUCAAAUCCUUACACAUGCCCAUGUUUCCGGCUUCUAACACAUGAUGAUACUGUACAUAAUCUUCCCCCCUCAGAACUGUGAUUGUAAUGAGAUAAUCAGUGCUAGGCGUUUUGUUGAACUGCAAAUGUAAGACAUGAUUUUUGCACACAGCCUCUGCCCACCAUUACACUGAAGCAAACAUCAUCAAUAUGCUCAUCAGUAUUUGGUGUCUGUAUAUAGUUUAUACAUACUGUAGGUGUCUUUAUAUUGUGGCGUGGGCGGGGGGGCAGCUGACGAGCGCAUGCCUUGCGGGGGUUUCUAUGUGUUCACCAUGUUGGGGAAGGGUGUUUGGGUUAGUGACUUCGGCCAUGUUUGUGUGUGGAGUGUGUGACCUGUUAAAUGUGCGGUGGGUCAUGCUUAGGCUGAAUUGGUUGUACGUUCUUGUGUGAAUGUGCUGCUCAUGCUAUACAUGCUGUGUACAAAAUAAAGUACUCCCAGCCAUUGCAUUGGGCAGCAAUUAAGCUCACUCGUCUCUCCAACAUCGUUUCUGGUGGUAAAACGCUACAUGGUGUCAGAAGUGGAAUGGAGAGUAAUGCGU